UAACGCAAAAGAGUGGCGACGAGCAUCUAAUUCAUUUUUGUGCUGGAUUUUGUAUUUUUUGAGUAAUUUUUAAGUUCCACGAGGAAUUAAAGAAGCUUUUUUUGUACACAGUCACUCUUGCCAUCUCACUAAAUUGUCGUCUUCUUCCGCGGUAACCGGUUUUGAAUGGACUACCCUUUAUAAAGUCCCAAAUAAAACGCCGCCAUGUUUCACAACAGCUCACAGGGAAAAUACUGGAUUUUCAAAAGUGAAGACGAAGUUGAGCAGAAAAGAUACAAGGCCAACCACAAAUUCCGAAACAAGAUACUAGAAAGUGGGAAGCCCGCAGUCAGUGAGUCCAGGUUCCUGGAGCGACACGAGGAAGAGGUUUUAUUCCGACACUACGAGAGGAGGAUGCUGGACUUCUGCAACGCUUUCAAGCCCGCCAUGCCAAAGUCUGUGGUGGGUACGGCUCUCAUGUACUUCAGAAGAUUUUACUUGAACAACUCCAUCAUGGAGUACCACCCCAGGAUUAUCAUGCUGACGUGUGCAUACCUGUCCUGUAAAGUGGAUGAGUUCAACGUGUCCAGCACCCAGUUUGUGGGUAACCUUCUGCAGGAGACCCCCGAUGGGCAGGAAAGGGUUCUGGAGCAGAUUCUGGAGUACGAGCUGCUGCUGAUCCAACAACUCAACUUUCACCUGGUCGUCCACAACCCCUACAGACCCAUGGAGGGUCUGCUCAUCGACCUCAAGACAAGAUACCCCACGCUGGAGAACCCAGAGUCGCUGAGGAAGAGUGCCGAUGACUUUCUGACACAGGCAGCCAUGACAGACGCAGGACUGCUGUUUCCUCCGUCUCAGAUCGCUUUAACUGCUAUUUUGAAUAGCGCCUCAAGAGCCGGACUCAGCAUGGAGAGCUACCUGACUGAAUGUUUGCGACUGAAAGAGGACAAAGAGACUCUCUCAAAGAUGUAUGACUCAAUGAGACGGAUGAAAACCCUCCUAAAGAAGUAUGAACUUCCCAAACCAGAGGAGGUGAACGCUUACAAAAAGAAGUUGGAGAGGAUCCAUGUUGAAUUUGCCAGUACAAGCAACAAACGAAAGAGAGGGUAUGAAGAAGAUGGCCAUGUAUCAAAAGAACCACGUCUGGCAGAAGAGGACUGGACUGACGAAGACCAGUUAUGAGCAUUUACCCCCAAAUGGUUCUGGAUCCAAACAAAGUUUAACAAAACAAAGUUGUUGUAUUAGUUAAUUCCAAUAUUAAACUUGCUGGAUGAUGGCGUUAUAGAAAGCACAGGGUGUCACAGACAGUUUGCUUCAGUGUAAAUGUUAUAUUUACAUUCCUACAAGACACUAUCAAAUCUUGUGUUUGCCUUUGUUCUGCAGUAAGAAUAAAGAUAUUUUUCUACAUUUUGUGUCUAUAUGUUUCUGCAUGUUAAAAAACAGAAUAUAAUGUUUAUUACACAUGAUACUGUGUGCAUGUUUCUCCACCUUUGUCAGGGGACAAUGAAUGACUCCAUAAUCUACUUUACAAAAACUGUUUAAUAAGUGCAUGCAUGUCUGAUACAGUCUGUACUAUUCAAAAAAAUUAUUUACUGCUGUAAACACUUUCAUUUUACUUGGUUUCUCUGAUUAAGUGUCUUGUCUGGCAUUGAGAAGUUGCAAAAAAGACUUAACCAAAUAAUCAAAAAAUAGCUGAUACAAUAUGAGGAAAAGAAAUUCAGCUCAUCUCACUUAUAUACUCAUGAUUCCAGCAAGAGAAUUUAUUCUUAAUAUAAAAUAACCAUACUUUUCUGAAAGACUUUGUUCCAAUCUAGAAAACAAAGAAAGAAAAAAAGAACAAAUAGUCAGAAAUGCUAGUUUCAGCACUUUGCGGAUAUUGUCACAACCUUAAAAUAAAUCAGUCAAUUACAGUAUAAAAAGCAUUAUCGCUCAUAAUCCAGUUACAAGAAAAGGGGACUGAGAGAACUAGCUUCUUCAUGUCAGUUUCCUCAUAUUGAGCAGGAGGGAGGGGGAUACACUUUGGCAACCUGUGCUAUCAAAACACAUAGUGGGUACAAAGAAACCUCUUGAAAUCUUAAUAUUUGGCCCUCAUGAUGAAGG